UCGCAGGUGACAGACGACUUAGGCGUAAAUUAAAUCUGAUCAUUUGUUUAUAUUUUUAUUAAUUUUUUCACGGCUUUUAUUCAAUACUACUAUUUCAGAAUAUCUGUCGUAAUUUGAGAUUUAAUAGUGCAUUUGUAUUACUUCAAAACAUAGACGACAAAAGGACCGCAGAAACAAAGAAUGUCUAAUUCAGGGGACAAAUCAAAUGCGAACAUAACAGCAGCUGAUCCGCUCCAAAGAUUGGCUUCAUUCAAAGCUCCGAGAGAUCUUUCACUGGGUGGAUUAAAACCCAAUAAAAAAGUUUUUACACCUAAUUUAAAUGUCACCAGAAAUAAAAACAAAGGCCCAUCAGCAGCAAACAGUAGAGAAUACAAGAAGGAUGAUAGAAAUAAAAAAGAACGUAAAAUGAGAACCAGAAAUGGUUCAAAUAUAAUUAAGUCAAGUGGAGUUUUUUCAGAGGGUCUCGGCAGCGUGGAAAGGCAAUUUACCAGGGUUUCAUACAAUAGAGAUAGCGAUUCAGGUCCCCCGCUUCAGAAGCCAACAAUUAAAGUUAAAGAUUAUGUAAAGAUUGAUAAUGAGCAAGAAGAGAAGAAAAUUAAAGCAGCAUUUGGUGAUGAUGUAUCGUACGAAAAUGAAAGUGAAGAUUUCAAAACGGUACUCGAUGUUGAAGCACCGGUCAAGCUCCCAAUGGACGAUGGUGGCUGGUCAAAAAGCCAGACGAAAGCCGCCGUGAAGAUAAAACAGGAGGUGGUUGUGAAACAGGAGCCCACUGACGAUGUGGACGAUGCUCUUCCAGUUAUGGAGGAGACACCAAAGCCGGACGUCAAGGAAGUCUUCGAAGACACAAAUGUUGCCAACCUACUGCGGAGCGACAAGCCAGCUCUUAUCUUGCUGCAGCUGUCCGACAGCCUGCCGGGGCGCGGCGGCGCCGACGAGGAGCCGCGGCGCCAGCACGGCGCGCCGACCACCUCCGCGCCCGACGACACACCUGUCGAUAAUAGAUGUAGACUGACCGACUUGGAAGAAGGAAAAAUAGGAAAACUGCGCGUGCAUCGCUCCGGACGCGUCUCGCUGCUCCUCGGAGACUCCUUGUUCGAGGUCUGUUCGGGUACAAAGGCAUCGUUCUACCAGGAGGUGGUGUCGACGGCGGUAGACGACGCGUCUCGUUCAGCCAACCUCGUGUCGCUCGGGGCCUUGCAGCACAAGCUGAACGUCACACCGCACUGGCAGACCAUGUUUGACAAUAUGUCAAUGUGAUGGGUGGUGUCUGGUAUUAGAGUGAUGUUAAAUUAUGGAGUGUAGAGGUAAGAGGUACGUUUAUGUAUAAAAGGUGUCUCUUGAAAUGUGUUGAAUUUGAAUGUCACCGCUGGCUGUUUAUAUUCGGUAGAGUAAAACGGAAAGAGAGAAUGUUAAUGAAGUUUUUAAUUAACACUAUAUUAAUAAACAAUAAUGUCAUUCUAGCAAUUUAUGGAAAUAUUAUAUACAUUUCCAUAAAUUGCUAUACUGACGAGCCGGUUGGCGUGGUUGGUAGAACACUUGCCUUUCACGCCGAAGGUUGUGGGUUCGAUUCCCACCCAGGACAGACAUUUGUGUGCAUGAACAUGUCUGUUUGUCCUGAGUCUGGGUGUAAUUAUCUAUAUAAGUAUGUAUUUACAAAAGAAAA